UGUCCAUCCUAAUCCUGCCGGUUGCUCCAGUGGCUGCAUACGAAGGCAUGAUGGUCGGCAAGAGGAGCCCUGGGAUCCGUCUCCGGGGAUAUGGGCUCCCCGUCGUGGCCGAUUGAGUUCCUGCACAUCCUGAACCUGGCAGCCUUCGUCUGCUCGUUCUCGCGGUGCCUUUAGCUCUUGCUGUUAUCACUCAGAGAACCCGGCCAGCCUCAGGGAAGCAAGAGGGGGCCGGUUCCGGUGUUAAUCCUGAGCGAUUAGUUUUGUCUCGGAGGUGUUCACCCACCUCCAGAGGGGAGCAGGCCGGGAAUUUGGUUGGAUUUAGCCUGGCUGAAUGCCAGCGGCGAAGGAACAGCGAGGCCCUCGCAAUGCCGAGGGACGAGUCCCCGAGGGCCACGAGAGCUGCUGCCCUGGAAGAAGAGCUCUGGGCCGAGACCAACUGGCCGGAGAGCGGACUUAGCCUGGAAAGUGGCUUUGUAAGGGCUGUGGGGGGCUCGGGAGCUGCCAGGCGGGUUAGGAACGGAGCUGAGCGAAGGAUGCAGCGGUGGCCAGUCCUGCUCUUCCUGGCCUGGGUCUGCUUUCUUUUCUUUGCUGGUAUCGGGCUCUUCAUGAGUGGCUUCCUGCUCACCCGGAUUGAGCUUGCCAACAGCAGUUCCUGCUCAGACCCCCUCACACCACCACCUUGGGACAGGCAGAGCCUCCCGCCGGGCUCCUGCUGGAUGCCCCAGCGCUUUUCUAAGGCUGUGCUAGUCAUCAUUGAUGCCCUCCGGUUUGAGUUUGCCUGGUUCAACCCGGCCAAUGUGAGCCCACUGCCAUAUGAGAACAAGCUGAGUUUCCUGCACCACCUAGCAACCUCCCAGCCCCGUCAUGCCCGCCUCUACCGCUUCCGAGCCGAUCCCCCCACUGCCACCAUGCAGCGCAUCAAGGGCCUCACCACCGGCUCAUUGCCGACUUUCAUCGACGUGGGUAGCAACUUUGCCACCUAUGCAAUCCAGGAGGACAACCUGCUGGCACAGCUGGUGCAGAACGGAAGGAGAGUGGUCUUCAUGGGAGACGACACUUGGGAAGGACUCUUCCCCAAUAAGUUUUUCCGCUCGUAUUUCUUCCCUUCUUUUAAUGUGAAGGAUCUUCAUACUGUGGAUGAUGGGAUCCUGCAGCAUCUCUAUCCAACUGUGGAUGAUGGUGAAUGGGACUUGCUGAUUGCUCACUUCCUUGGUGUGGACCACUGUGGGCACAAACAUGGACCUGACCAUCCUGAAAUGGCUAAGAAGCUCACUCAGAUGAAUGAGAUGCUCAGGUCCUUGGUAGAUCAUCUGGGAAAUGACACCCUGCUUCUGGUGGCUGGGGACCAUGGCAUGACGGAGACUGGAGACCAUGGUGGGAACAGCGAGAAAGAAGUGAAUGCAGCACUGUUUGUGUACAGCAAAACACCCCUAUUUGGCACCGGCCCUCCCGAGGAGCCUGAGGCCAUUCCCCAGGUGAACCUGGUGCCCACUGUGGCCUUGCUGCUGGGUAUGCCCAUUCCCUACAGUAACAUCGGGGAGGUGAUGGCUGAGCUGUUCCCUGGGGAUGGCGACGCUGUGUCUGCAGCCUUGCAGCAGCUUUCAGUCUAUCACGUCAAUGCCAAGCAGGUGGACCGCUUCCUGCGUUCCUACUCGCUGGUGGCUCAGGACCUGCCAGCAGAGCAGCUCCAGCACCUGCAGGAGCUCUUCUCCGGCGCUGUGGAGGAGCACGCUCAGCUCUUGGCCCAGUUGCAGGAGGCAAUGCUGGUGUCUCCGGAGCUGGAAUCCAGGCUGAGAAAUCUGAUCGGUCGCUUCCAGCUCUACCUGCGGGAGGCACGGGCUGUGUGCACCCAGUCCUGGGCCCGCUUCCACCCCCUGCGUAUGGUGGCGGGCUGCACCCUCAUCGCCGCUUCCUGCUUGCUCUGUUACGUGACCUCGGAGCUGGCGACAGCGUCGGACUCUUUCUAUCGCAGCUGCCUCCUGUACCCACUGCUUUGGGGCCUGGUGGUGGCUGUUCUGCUUGGGCUGGCCUGUACUUUCACCCAGGAGGGGCUGGAUCUCCUCCUGGUGUCAUCAUGGGCAGCUGCAGUUUCUCAGGUGGCCUUCUUCUGGCGCUGGUGGGGCCGGCAGCCCAAGCGAGCCCGUUUGGCGGGCAGCCAGCCACCCUUGGCCAGCGUUGGCCUGAGGCAGCAGGUACAAGCAUGGCUGGGGCUGGCCUUCCCCAUGGGCAUUCUCCUCUUCCGCUGUGGAGCCAUGUUCUCCGAUAGCUUUGUGGUGGCUGAGGCCCGAGUGGCCCCGUUCCUGUUGGCCUCCCUGGUGGUGUUGCUGAUAGGGAAACUCCAUUGGGAUGGUCACUUGACCGUGCCAGAAGGCCCCAAGCAGCAGCUUCUUGGCUUUUCCUCUUACCGUAAAGAGAGCUGGUACCUGCUGUACCUCGUGGCCGUGCUUCUGGUCUGCGUGCGCCUCUCCGUUUUUUUCCACCAGUGCCGUGAGGAAAUCCCCCAGUGCCAGCCCUCUCUUUUCCUCGCCCCCCUUGCCAGCCUGAGGAACACACGGGCCAAGAACCUCUUCUACCUCCUGUGCGUGGCCUCGCUGGUCGGGCUGGUCUGUGUGGUGCGGUGGUGGCUGCGGCACUACGGCAACCUGAACAGCUCAGACCCCGUCGUGCUCUUUGUGCGCUGGGGUUUCCCACUGGUUGCCAUCUGCAUUGCCUGUUAUUGGGCCGUUGCCUCCAGCGCUGAGGACUCACUCGGCAAGCUGCAGGAGCUGGUGCAGGUGGCACUUGUUGCCUUUCCGUGGGCUGUCUACGGGCUGGUGUCCGUGGGGCUGCUGCUCUUGCUGUGCAAUCCCAUGACGGUGUUUGCAAAGGACACACGGGAGUCAGCAGGACCCAUCGUCACCCCCUACCUGGGGGUUCCCAGCUCUGAAGUUGACUUCCUCCACGUCAUCCCUCAGAUCUACAGGAGGAUGCAGGAGUCCCUGAAGAGCCGCCUGGAGCGGGGCAGCUGCAAGGCCACAGUUGCAGCCUACGGGCUGGGCAGCGUGUACUCAGCAGCCUUGGUCAUAGCACUUACCCUGCUGGGCUUCCUCUUGCUGCUUCUGCACAGUGAGCGGCUGAGUCUUGCCUUCCUGCUCCUCUUUCUGGAGGCCUUCAUGCUGCUGCACAUCCACAGCCGUGCCAGAAGCCUUGCUGGAGAUGCUGAGCCUUUUUCAGUGCCCUGGCAUGCAGUCAUCUCCUGGCUCCUUGCUGCUUCCCAGUUCUUCUAUUCCACAGGCCACCAGCCCAUCUUCCCAGCCAUCCAUUGGAACGCAGCCUUUGUGGGCUUCCACCUUGACCACAGCACAAACCUCCUGCCCGCUGUCCUGGUGGGCGCCAACACGUUUGCCUCCCAUAUCCUCUUUGCAGUCGGCUGCCCUCUGCUCCUGCUUUGGCCCUUUGUGUGUGAGACGCCCAGCUCACAGAAGAGGAAGCCCAAGAAUGAGCCCCGGGAGGAGCUGCAUAAAGAAGAGGAGCACAUGAUGGAGAUGAGGCUGCGGGAGUCCCCGGAGAGGUUCUCUGCUGCUCUGCUGCAGCUGGGCCUGAAGUACCUCUUCGUCCUCGGGAUGCAGCUUCUGGCCUGUGUUUGUGCAGCUAUGAUCCUCAGGAGGCAUCUCAUGGUCUGGAAGGUCUUUGCCCCAAAGUUCCUCUUUGAAGCACUGGGCUUCAUGGUCAGCAGCAUCUGCCUCCUGCUGGGGAUCUCCCUGGUGAUGCGUGUGGACUGUGCGGUCAGUACCUGGUUCAGCCAGCUUCAGCUCAGGUAGCGUUGGAGAUGUGGGGAGCCUGUCCUGCUCAUCGGCCGAGGCUGUGGUUGUUGUCUCCCUGCCUCCCGGGGCCUGGAGGGAUCCUAGAGCCACCAGCAACGAGUGCCUGUCGACAGCAGUCAGGGAUUAUCCCCAGCUCCCAGCCUCAAGCACUGCACAAAAGGACUGUUGCCAGCUGUUCCCUGCUCUUUGCGAUGCUCUGCGGGGAGCAUGUUUCUCAGCAGUUGGAGUUAGAGCUCUUGUUGGGCAUUUGUUAGCAGCAGAGGAGUCUGCUGCAGGAGGCCAAGAAGCAAGAGUCCUGAAGUGCUCCUCUGGAGAAGCGCCAGCAAGGGGUCUUGCUGCUACUUUCCUGACAAGUCUGCCCACUGUGCAGCUGGUAGGCUUCAGCAGCUGGCGUGCUGCCCGGGAUGUGUUACCUUGCUAAGACAGUGACCUGCUGGAAGGGGCGCCUGCUGAGGAGGGGAGGGAAGGGAGGAGAGGGAAGGCUCCAACUCAGCCCUGUCACUGGGUCCUGCAGCCAUCGCCUCUUCUCUCUUCCUUGCGCGCUUAGUUUUCAUGCUUGAAUCAAAGUGCACAUGAUCAUAUAUGUACAGUAGUCCGUUGGGGCUCAGUGGCAGCUGCUCUGCUCCAGCUGUAGAGUCAGUUGGUUGCUCUGCGGUAAGCCGUGCUCACUACCAUUUUGGUCUUUCUCAACCCUGCUGAAGGGCCCUGUUGGGCCGAGGGGGCCAGGUUGGGUUGUCUCAUACAGUGUGAAACAGGCUCAGCUUGUUGGAAGGGUGACAGCAGAGAACUGUGUCUGUGACUGAGAACCCCUGCACGAGUGGGCUCUGCCUGUUGGCUAUCCACACAGACUGGCUAUAGCAGUCAGGGUUCCCGAUCUCUGCCUGAGCUUGUUGCGGUGGGAUGCUGGCUGUUGAUUGGGAACAGCUGAAUUGCAGCAGGAUGUGGUGAUGGAGCAUUUGACCCAUUUCCAUAUUGGCUAAUGUCAGGAGGAAAGGGGAGCCUAGAAUAGCUGUCCUAACUCUGCAGGAGUAGCUUUGGUGUGGGCACUGGCGCCUGGGGAGAGCUGCUUGAAAGCCCUUAGGAAGGGAUAACUUUUCUGCAAGGUGAUCUAACCCAUUGGUAUCUACAUGUGCGCCUGAGGUUAUGUCACCUUGAAAGGAUCCCCGGCACUGCAGAUUAUAGCAUUUGUGAUCCAAUAUAUGGUGCUUCUCUCCCUCUUGACCGUGGUGUUCUGCAUGGGACUCUGUGCUGCAAGUGAGCUAUCAUAAUUCUGCUCUUGACUGCUUGCAGUCAGGAGGGGUUGUAUUCCUUUCUUUAUGUGCAGAGGUAAAGGAUGGUGACCACGGUGCCUGGCCACAUUCCAGUCAAAUUGCCCCUGCAGUUUCGAUGGGAGUUGGGAUUCCUUACUCCCUGCCCUGAACCACUGUGUGGCGUUAUUUGGUGCUAUGAUACUUUCAUCUCUUUCCCUGGUGGAGGGCACAUUACCUGCACUGUGUGGUGGGGCCACUCUCUGCCCUGACAGACCUGAGGACCACAUGCUUGGGAUUGCUGCUUUGAGUUUUGUUCCCAGUCCCUGUUUGAGUUUUGACUCGUGGACCGUGACUGCCUCCGAGCUCCUCGUUGCUUGCAUAACUCCAGGCUCUUCCUCGCCUCUGCCCUGAAGAGUCUUGGGGAAGGCUGUGGAAAGUGUCUCUUGAAGGCAGGUUUAUUUCUAUAUUUAGUCUCUAUGGGAGGGUAACACUAGCCCAGGUGUUAGGGUGCAAUUCCAGGGAGGCUUAAACUGAUCAAAUCUCGGGCUUCCAUUGCUUGGCCACCUUCUGGCCUGCUGGCUGUGCUCUCCCACCACUGCCUUGCGUCUCCCCUGCCCUAUGGGCCUCUCUCGCUUAAUUUAACUGACAAAACCAGGGAUUAGUUUGUAGCUGGCUUGACUCCCUCAGCUGGCUCACUGCCCAGUUCCGUGAACACCAGUGCUGGUGCAAGGAAGCAGGGAGGAGCAUGUAUUUGGGAGCUGUGGCAGCCCACACUGAGAUUGGCUUAAGCAAUCCUGCCUUUAAAAUGGGUUAUAUGCUCUAUCUUGGGUCUCCCUAGUGGCCAGAUGGUUCUCAGGUACUGAGUGGGGCCAUGCUGAUGAGUGAGGGGUGCACUCGCAUGUAGAGAAGGAAAGGGUUGGAGGCAGCAGCUAUCCAGUGAUUUUUGAUUUGACAUGAAAAGGUAAGUCCAGAUAACACAUGUUGCUAACCCCCAAGGCUGCGGCCCAAAUAGGUCUUAUAGUAAGCUCACAACGUGGUCAGGAGCUUGCUGCCUGAAUGUAUUUGUGCUGGCAGAAAUCCUUAUGAUCGCUAAUACUGUGAUGCUGGCCCGUGAC